AUGAUCGGCCGGCUGCUUAAUCUCGGCACCGGCAGUAACGGCGCGGCCAGUUCUCAUGAUCAAGCGUACAAUGGUGGCCCGCGCCCACUACUCUCGCUGGACUCGGUGCAAGAAGACAUACAUACACGAAAUCUUCUCUUCCCCGACGCGCAAGCGCUUUACCAACAUCGCAAUGAUCAAGUCUUUCCAUUUUCUACGGCGCCUCCUACGCCAUCAGCAGCCUCGGCGAGCGCGUAUGACUUCAACGACGAAAUCGAUUUUGAUGUUCGUGAUGUUCGCAUCCUGAUUAUGCAAGAUAAUCUUGGGGCGUCCUCUGCAUCCCUCUUAUUCGACAGUCAUCCUGUGACUGAGGUCGACCGCACGGCAUCCAACAACGAUGGCCGAAGGAAUCCAUUAUCCCCUCGUAAGGGUAGCGUGAGCCAUUCGCGCCCAGUCUCGAUUCAUACCGAGAGUACCCAAUCUCAUUUCCGCCAAGGGGCUUUUGAUCGACGUGGCUCCAUACAUAACCGUAAUCAGAGUCAGGCCGAAACUGAUACCCAGAGAUCCUAUCGCGAGUAUCGGGAAGAAUUAGCCACCUUCUCGAGCUGCAUUUUUGGCAACUCCGAACUCAUGGCCUACAAAGGGACAUCUACGAAAGUACACGUCGUCCCUAGCGAUACCCGCACGAGUGAGACCGCCUCUAGUAUCGGAGAUGGUCGCAGUUCCAUCGGUCGUUCCAGCAUGCGUUCAAGCAAGCUCUCGCAGUCAUUCUCGUCGCAAGCCAUGUCCCCGACAUUUGGCUCAAUGCCCCCCACAGCCUCUGCCACACCUCGUCAAAGUGAUCGCAAAAAGGUCUUGAUCACUCGCCUCUUCCCUGUCAAUUUAGCCCUCGAAGAAGUCGAGCCCUGUGCCACGCCGCAGAACCGAAGUACAGAAGAGAAUACCGGUUUCCCUUUUCCGCCCACCAUGGAUGAAGCGGCUGCUCGCAAAAAGAAGAAGCAACCAAAGCAACGGCGCACUCCAAUGUAUGCUGUUGUUCUCGUUGUUCAGCUCCCUCCCGCGACGUCGCGGAUUUCUUCCGCCGCACCCGCCAAAUCGACAUUCCGCGAGCCCGGCUCGUAUAAUGAGCAAGAGGUUUACUCAUCUUCUUACAAUUCUGUGCGGGCUGGUGGAGGUGGCUGGAACAUGUUUGGCUCCGGCAUGCCCACUGAUCCCAAUGAGUCGCCAUUUGCCUUGGACGUCGAGGAUAGGAUCGACUCCUUGACACAACAUUGGGACAUCAUCAUGCGAACCCUGACGCAUCUUCAGUCUCUUUCCGCCACGAGAAUACACCAGCUACUGAAGCAUGCUGAUACUGCAUCUCCUGGUCAACAAACACCCAUGGUUGCGUACCAGAGCCAUUCUAUGAGAACUGCAAACAUGAAUGACAGACGUAGUGCUGAGCCUCCGAGAAUGAAACCGGCCAAAAGCACCACUAAGCUGGUCUCCCUUUUGCCCAACUGCCUGGCAAACGAUAUUGAUAUUGCUUUGGAAGUUGGGCUUGCAAGAAGCAGAAUCGUCAUGGGCAUAGGUGCUGCGCGUGUUUUUACUGGACAGGGACGCUGGGGCAUCUGGCGCGAUGAGGCUAUCUGGACAGCGAAAUGGGCGUCAUCACUCAAUAAGGGGCCGUUCUUCUACAACGUUCUUACAGGAUUCCUUGCCACACAUGUGGACUGGCUCUCUGCUCUCUCCAGCCCGUCGCACCGCAGAAAGGCGGCUCUCCAAGCCCGUCAUAAGCAUGAAGAGGAUAUGUCCCUACCUGCAAGAACAAUCAUCAUCUCCGAUGACAAGAUGGCUGCCCGCAGACUGGUAUUUCUCCUCGCCGGCUUUCUGCCUGCCAAUCAGCAGAUGAACGCCCCCCGGCUGCACCGUGCGAGCACGUCGACAUCUGUUGGUCCGCUCUCAAACUCUCCUCCAACCUUUGUGAUUCCUGUGCUGCGAGAAGAGUCUCUUCGACGGAAGAUUAAUCGUCGAACCGGGCUAAGAAGAGCAUCGCACUCACGUGUGGGGAGCCAGAGCGCAAAAAACUCGACCGUCAUCCCCCAACUUGCACAAUUCGGCCUGGAUAGAAAUCACCAGAGACGCGCAUCCGAUGCUGCAUCUAUCCGCACCACCAACUUACCCAUGGCUGGUAGCGACCUAGUGACCAGGAAAAGUAGCGCUGCCACGACCGCGACCAUCACGCAAGAGACGACUACGCCGCAUUUCACAAGCCUUCAACGAAGUGAUAGCCACUUGCGCCACCGUCCGGGAAGCAGUAGCAGUUUCGCAGCCGACGACUUGAAGCGAUCGCUCAAGAGAGGCGAGAGCAAUGCAAGCGUGAGCACGACGGUUUCUCGCCCCCCAAGCUCUGGAUUAAAAUGGGGAAAUCUGAUGAGUGGCUUCUGGACGGCACGACGAAGGGACUCCUCCGACAGCAAUACUGCCAGCCAGACUAGCGAGCUACGGUCGCCCGUUAAGUCAACCUUUCCAAAGACUGACACACUGGCGGAAAUGGUACAGGAGUCUGUGGUACUUGAAGAGACUAGCGAUCUGCCAAGGGCGCCGUCUCCGCGUGCAUCUGUAGAUGCCGCACCGACAAUGACAAGACAGAGCACCUCCGGUACCAACGUCAAGCAGCAACGGGCGUCUUUUUCGCAAGCGGAUCGCACUCCAGAUCCCAACGGAGUGUUUGACUCCCCCGUCAAGACCUCGAUCAAUCCAGACGAUGGAAUCAUCGACGUGGACGUGCCCUUUCCUGACUACAUUGCAUCGUUUGAAUCUGCUAUUAGCUCACCUUCUAGCAGCGGCUAUCUGUCUACACCGGGAUUGCCUGGUAAUUUGGACUUCUUUGAGCAAUCAGCACAAAUUACCAUCGAUGGCGAUACACCGUUGAACGCCGCAGGCUGGCUCAGCCGUUUCCACCCUGAUUUUUCACUGCAGGCCAUUCCCCUUCAAGAUAACCUCGUUGAUAAGGUUAAGGCGGCAAUGCGUGCUGAGCCUACCCCAGCACCGCUUUCGACUCAGCAUGGUGAAUUGGAUGAACGUUGGGUGGACAUAAGCUCCACCAUCAUGGCUGACACUACCACAAAUACUGUCACUCGCCUCGUGUAUCGCAGGCUAGUGAAGACUAGAGCAGGGCUCGACCUGCCCUCGUCACAGCCAGUCAGCGCCCACACACCAUCCGUUCUGCCUUAUGAAACCCAACUGGACGAAGAAUGGGUCGAAGAAGUGAUUCUCGACGCCGACAAGUCCUUGGUCGAGGCUGUUGAGAAGGUUGUCAGCGCCAACGCCGAGGCCAUCAAAGAUAUGGUGCCGGCUGCGCCCAUGCGAGCAACGAGUAAUUACGUCAGCAGUGCCGACGUAACUCCCGAUUCGCUUUCGGAGACGACAGAGUUGGCGAACCCCUCUGUGGACGUACCCCGUGUACAAUGCAAGACUGUUAUGCUGUCUGCGCUGGAGGACAUUAUCCGGGACGUCAUUGACCAGCGAUAUGAAGAGGGUGACGUGCCCAUUGUCACAAACUCGAGAAGACGACCCAACCUGCUCCGCGAAGCAGUCAGGUCAUGGUUGUUGAACCUCGAGAUAGAGUAG